AUGACCUGCGACAAACUCCUCUCCCAGCUCAGCAAGCGCAUCGAGGAGGAGCGUAUCGGCGCUACGUACACCAUUGGCGGCAACAUCCCAGUUGUGAAGCCUAGCUCUGGCGGAGGAAGUUCGCAGUUAUCUCCCUCUGCGACCAGACCUGAGGCUGGCAAACCUGCCCUUCAGAGCCUGACAAAAGCGCCCAGUGCUCCUAUCACGAUUCGCUGGGACUCGACCACCGUCGAAGGUCUCAUCUCGAAGAUUACUCUUCCCUGCGAGCCCGGAGAUGCAUCUAGCUUAGAGAAUCUGGUCAAUGACUGCCAGCCAGCUACCUUCGGACACAAUGGGAAAGAUAUCUACGACGAGACAUACCGCAAGGCCACGAAGCUCGAUACUACUGCAUUCAGCUCGACUUUCAAUCCCUACGAAGUCGGUAUCAUCGACGUGAUUGCCCAGAUCUUGCUCCCGAGCUUGCCGGGCGGAGACAUUUCUCGUGGUGUUCGGGCUGAGCUUUACAAGUUGAAUGUCUACUCCGGCCCUUCUGGCAAAUUCAAAGCCCACGUCGACACCCCUCGCGGCUCCACCCAAUUCGGUUCCCUCGUCGUUUGCCUCCCCUGCGACCACGAAGGCGGCGAGCUAGUCGUGAGACACAACGGCAACGCAAUCAUCUACAACUGGGGAAGCACAGGCGCGGGCAGCACCGAUGCAGCAGAGAUUCAAUGGGCUGCCUUCUACAGCGACUGUGAGCACGAGGUCCUGGAAGUCAAGUCUGGCCACCGAAUCACCCUCACAUACCACCUUUACAUCGCCUCCGGGUCCGGCGACCUUGCCGGCCGCUGCCCCUGGCUAGACCCGACGGCCCUUCCGCUAUACGACGCCAUCCUCAGCAUGCUAGAACUACCCGCAUUCAUGAAGGAGGGCGGCCUGGUCGGUGUAUACUGCUCUCACGCGUACGCCCACACCCACGAAGAGGGCAUCAAGCACCUGCCUGGCUCUCUCAAAGGGAGCGACAUGGCCUUAUACGAGAUAUUCAAGGCACUGAACCUGGAGGUCAAUUUGAAGCCGAUUCUGGAUCCCGAAUAUCUCGACGACUACGGCGACGAAGAGGAGACCUCAGUGCAGCCCAAGCGCGAAUACAUCGGCGACAUGCUCUACAGCACAUAUUUGUCAGACAUCUCUACCGAAGACUGCUCCACCAGCGAGCUCGUGGAGACCUGGGGCUCGCACACGCGCGAGACGGUGGUUUGGCUCACCCAGCCGAAGCAUUCGGAUGCCGCCAUGGCUUAUCUUGCGUACGGAAACCAGGCUGAGAUGGGGGUCCUGUACUCCAAUGCUGCCCUGAUCGUCAAGAUCCCAGCCUUCACAGAGAGGAACUUGUAGGGUUGGAGGUGAUGUGGAUGGCCUGGGUAGUGUGGUGAAGAGCUUCAGUCGGUUUUCGGUAGUACAGAUGGUGAAAAUGAAAACCUGGUAUGCGGGCUUCUGCUCUUCUGUCUUACUUGUGACUGCGAUUCUGCGCAGCGUGUUCUUGCAAUUCACAC